AUGGCUACGGCAAAUGCGCUGCAGCUCGAACCGGUGACGCUGGAGGAUAUCCCCGCGGUGGUGGAUGUGUGGUUUGCGGCCUUCGCAGAGUCUGGCGUGCGGCACUUGUUUCCCAACACGCCCGGGGUGCGUCAAUGGUGGGCCGAUGCCAAUCGAGACGACUUAAUGCAUAAGUCGUUUCAAAAAUAUGUCAAGGUCGUCGAUACCGAAUCGAUAGACGAGCAUGGCCGACCGCGACUGAUCGCGUAUGCGAAAUGGGACCUGUCCAUGAUUCCCGAUCGCGGACGUCGCUUUCCGCCCUGGCACGAAGAGCAACCCGCCGGCGAAUGUGAGGCCUUUUUCGGAGGGAUGGACCAAGUCCGGCUUCGCGUCAUGGGCGAGCAGAAGCAUUACUGUAGGAAACCUACCCCGCGCCUGAGGCUGUCUAGACGGGAUACUGACAUUGACCGCCAUCGCAUAACAGAUCUGGAUAUGCUCGGCACGCACCCCGACUUCCGAAAGCGAGGCGCCGCCUCCAUGCUGGUCCGCUGGGGUUGUGAGCUGGCUGAUCGUGAGGGAGUAGGGGCGUAUGUGGAUGCCAGCAAGGCUGGCGCGCCCUUGUAUAUGAAAUUCGGGUUCGUGGAUCACAGCAGCCCCGACUCAACCACUGGUAUUGCGGCGAUGGCUCGAAAGUAA